AUGGAAUUUUCUGUCCCCCAAGAGUCAAGUACUGAUGUGGAUUUGCAACUGACCAGGCUAGCAAAAGACUUUCAUGAUGGAUACUUGACAGAGAAAGGUUAUAUUAAAAAGCGAAUGGAAUUGCUAGGCAUGACUCAGGGCAGUGUUUCUGAAACUGGCAGCCAUUCAUACACCACGUCAGAUACCAACAAGCAUACCAAAAAUAAUAGCUUGCAUUCAGUCACGACAACAUCAUCUGUGGGAAAUCAUGCUAACAACUCAAAUUCUGAUAUUGUAAACGAUUUCUGGCAUCCUGGACAUCAGAUUUCGUCCUCAGUUGAUGAAGCUUCCGGCAGUCAACCUGCCUUCUAUAGAGAUGAAAUGAUUGCAAAAUAUAAGAACAUACAGGCAAACCAUGACUACGAAUUUAGAAAAGAAUUGCAGAAACCAUUAGACCCACGUGAUGUGUCUUCACACAUCGAACCUAGGUAUGAGGUGAGCAACUUGGCAAUGAUUUUGCGUAAACGUGCCAAGUUGUCUGAAAGAGAACCAGCAGUUUUGAUUAUUGAUGAACGUGGUAAAGAAAGUAAAGUUAUUACGUGGGAUAAGCUCUAUUAUCGUGCAGAAAAAAUUUCAAAACAAAUCAAAAAUAAAGCUGCUUUAUAUCCAGGAGACCGUGUCUGUUUAAUCUACCAAAACAUUGAAAUUAUUGAUUUCAUGGCUGCUUUGUAUGGCUGCUUUCUGGCUGGAGUUGUUGCAGUCCCUUUGAAUAGCUCAACUCCUACCAGAGAUAUGGUUUCGAUAAUGAACGAAACCCAAUCGCAUCUAUGUUUAAUGUCCGAUUCUGCAUAUAAAUUCUUUGAUAAACUUGCUAGGCAAACAAAAUCCGCCAUCUGGCCAAAAGGUAUGGUGGUUUGGAAAACUUCUGACAUGGGAACGUAUAAGCCGUCAAAGAAAGAUGGCGAUCCAGCUCUAAAAGUUUCAGAUUUAGCUUACAUAGAUUACACGAAAACAGCAAGUGGAGAGUAUAAAGGGGUUGUUAUAUCCCACAGGACAAUUAUGAACCAAAUGGUAAUGAUGGAUAAGAUGCUAAGCACAAGCCCAAAGAUUAAGAAGCCUUUGGUGAGGUCAACUAUCAAGCAAUCGUCUUCUAGAAACACAAUUUUAAGUACCCUAGAUGUCCGUGGCUCAAUUGGUAUGAUAAUGUCACUCUUUGCUGUUUACUCAGGUAAUUUACUUGUAUGUAUUCCUGCAUCGAUUGCAGAAGUUCCCGGUUUAUUUGCCAGCUCAUUAUCUUCAUAUCAUGUUUCUGUUGUAUUGACAGAUUAUGCACUACUAAAAACCGUUGUUUACAAUUACCAAUCGUUUCCACAAAGUACAAGGACAUUUAGCAAACGUAAGAUUGAUCUAUCCUGCAUUAAUUGGUGCUUGAUAGAUACGUUCACCAUCGACUGUGAGUUCAAUGAAGUCUUAAGCAAUAGAUGGCUCAAACCGUUGGGAAGUGUGAAUUUUAGGAGGAUUGUUACACCGAUAUUAUCUUUGUCAGAACAUGGUGGUGCUAUUAUCUCCAUGAGAGACUGGUAUGGGAAUGAGGAGCAACUUGGCUGCAUUUUUAGUUCCAACUCUAAUGUCAUAGAGACUGAUGAGUUUGGAGACGAUGAUUCAUCUGACAGAUUAUCUGAGAUUUUGAUUGAUAAGAAUUCUCUUUCUACUAAUUCUGUGAAGGUAAUAAAUGACAGCCCACCGAACGUUUCUUCAUCUGAAUCCAAAUCCAAUAUCAACUAUAUACGAGUUGGUGCAUUUGGCUACCCUUUACCAGAUUCUACUUUAGCUAUUGUUAACCCUGAAAACAAAAUAUUGAGUGGUGUUCUCGAAGUGGGGGAGAUAUGGGUUGAUUCAAAUUGUAUUUCCGGAGGCUAUUGGGGGUUACCAGAAGAGACUGAAGAUAUUUUCCAGGCAGAGUGCUCUGACUAUGAUGGUGUACUAAGUCUGAGGUUUGUCAGAACAGGUCUAUUGGGGUUCAUAUAUAAUGGGGAAAUUUAUGUUCUUGGGUUAUAUGAAGAUCGUAUAAACCAACGUGUAACAUGGUAUGACCAGUAUCUAGCGCUGAACGGAGAAGAUACUAAAACUGAUAAUGAUGAAGCAACUAUGUUAUCCAAGGUUUUGACGUCCGAUGUUGAGAGUGUCUAUAAACAAAUGGCAAAAAAGAUGAAAAUUCCAACUAAUGACAUCGACCUUUCUCAAAGUUUGUCAAAAAGGUAUGUGUAUAAGUACCAUUAUUCAAGUCAUCUCGUCAAAACCUUGGCUCGGCACCUUCCAUUCUUUAAAGAUUGUGCUUUCUUUAACUUAAAGGUCAACAGUGAGUACUUGCCUGUUGGUGUUAUGGAGAGUGGGGUAGGCGGAGAUUCAUCUGCCGCUGCCCAAAUUGAGUUGCAAUCAAUGAUAAGUGAAGCCUUUUCUCUAUUGGAGAAACAUCACAAUGUCAGAUUGUUUUUCAUGGUUGUGACCAAAGUAGGCACCUUAUCCAGGUCCAUGAAAUCAGGGAGGAUGGAAAUUGCAAACACCCUUACCAAAAGAAAGUUCCUAGAAGGUAGACUACCAAGUUUGUACGUUUCUUUCAAACCAUAUAAUUCCUUGGGAACUAUUUAUCAUAAUGAAGAUAUGACAGGCAGCAUUUGGUCGGCCUACAGCUCAUUAAUAAGAGCCGAGUUAUUAGACUUUUCAUCCUUGCAAACUUCUGGGUUGGAUCUAAGAGAUUCUGCUGUAGACGAAAGAACACAGAUAAGCUUAUCAGAUUUCAAAGACCCCAUCUCCCUACUAGAGUUUCGAGCAAACAAACAGUCGGAUGAAUUGGCGUACGCACAGAUUGAAGGCAUAGUAAUUAAAGUCAACAAGCCGUUGACUACAUGGAAAAAAUUUGAGAGUAAAGUAUUUUCAAUAUGUUCCUAUAUUCUUGAGAAAAAAGUCUUAAAAGCUGGAGAUGCUGUUGUAUUAAUGUAUCCUUUAGGAGAAGAGCUUCUAUCUUGCUUAUACGCAUGUUGGAUGUCUGGGUUUAUAGUUAUUCCGAUGGAUCCUUCUUGUAAGGAUAAUUCUUCAACUGAUGAUGAUGCAAUUGCUUUGGCCCAAAUUAUCAAGGAGUAUAAGGUUAAGGCAAUAUUUGUCAACAAUGAAACAGAAUCAUUGAUUAAAACCAAAUCUUUCAAUAGCAAACUCAAAACUGCGGCAUCCAGAGUUCGUUGUGAAGUGCCUAAGCUAAGGAACACCACCAAGCAUGCUAAAACAGGGUCAUCAGGGAAAUCAACUUAUAGAAAGAUGGAACAAUACAGAAAAAAUGUCCUUUCUAAAGAGAAGCCCUUUACAGUCUGGCUCAAUACCUCACCAAAUGGGAAUCACACUUCAACGAAAGUUUCAUGCGAAAAUCUAAUGCAAAUGUGUUUGUCAAUAAAAGAAACAUGUCAAAUGAAAAGUUCGAUUCCGUUGCUUGGAUGUUCCAACUAUACAAGUGGCAUUGGAUUUCUUUUGGGCUGCGUUAUGGGGGUGUACCUGGGGACUACUACCUAUCUGAUGAAUAACACCGAAUUUACUCAUCAUACAAAUACAUUUUUCCAAGCUAUUGAAAGAUAUAGAAUUGAGAAUGUGCAUUUGGAUGACCACAUGCUGCUAUAUGCUUUAAAACGAAACUCUAUGAAAAAAACGGAUCUCAAGUGUAUGAAGAACUUGAUGGUGUCAUGGGCCGGCCAAAGACCCGAUCCUAUGUUAACAAUGAAAUAUAAGGAGGUUUUGGAUUUGGCGAAUAUUCGGUUGAAGACCAUUUCAAAUGUUUAUGAUCAUAUCCUACACCCUCUAGUAAGUACCAGAUCUUAUUUAUCAUUUGAUCCAGUCAUUCUAUGGUUGGAUCCGUAUGGGUUAUCACAAGGUUACAUUAGUAUUGUGAAUCACAAUGAUUCUCCUAACUCGAUUCCUGUGAUCGACUCGGGUAUUGUUUCAGUAAACACAGAGGUAAUUAUUGUCAACCCUGAAACCAAAAACAUAUGUAAAGUGGGUGAAUUUGGUGAAAUAUGGAUCUCUUCAAGUUCAAUGGCAGAUGGUUUUGCUGGUAAGGACAGUACAAAUUUGAACACAGAAAUGCUAGGCGGUAAAAUAGAGAUUUCCGAUAAGGAAUACGUGAGAACAGGGGAUUUUGGGUUUUUACACACCAUCACCAAGAACGAAAGGAACAUCCCAGUUGAAAUGCAGCUAUUAUACAACCUAGGAAAGAUACAUGAAACAUUCGAAUAUUGUGGUCUACAAUAUUUUGCUAGUGACGUUGAGCACAGCUUAGAAACGUUUGAUGGAAUCAACAAAUGCUGUGUGUUUAAAGCUGGAGUGUACACUAUAUUGGUUGCAGCUACGUCGACAAAGAGAAGCUUAAGUACGAUCACGCCCUUGAUGAUUUUGAAACUUUUGAAUAAGGUCAAACUUGUUGUCGAUAUCGUUUCCUUUGUGGAUGCUGAUAGGUUACCUAUAACUAGAACAGGUCGUGUACAGCGGUCACUAGUGGCUGAUAGAUGGUUAAAGAAGUCCUUAAGCAUUAAGGCAACUUACGGCGUUUCGUAUGGGGAAGAACAAAUGAUCAAAGCAGUCAAUAUGCAGGAAUGGGUCGAGGAGAGACUCGACAAACUAAAAUAG